AUGGCAGGCCGGAGGGGAGGUGAGAGAGGCAAGCAACAUGGCAGACCAGAGCCUCGACUACACAGACAUUCUAGAACAUAGCUGUCAACGUUUCCCUUUUUUAAAGGGAAAUUCCCUUAUUCCGAAUAGGAUUCCUCACAAGAAAAGGGAGAAGUUGACAGCUAUGUUCUAGAAUGGGAGUAAUGUUUGUAAUUUACGAUACCCAAAAUUACUUCCAAGGGAUCUCUUUUUGGCCUUGGAAUGGAAGAUACAAAGUGUGUUUCCAGAAUGCGACUUAAUUUGCAAAUGGGUCACAGGCAGCAUUUUUUUUCUUUUCUUAAUGGAUUUCUCCUCAAAAGAAUAAAUCUGGAUUAAAGGGUGAGAAGAUGAUGGGUUGGCAUGUUGAAGCCAACAAUAUUGUGUAAACAGUGCAGCAACAAUCAACAGCAACAUCUUGCAUGGAAGAGGAGCAGCAGUCUCAUAAUAAACAGGCAUCUGGAAACACCUAAAGUUGGCUAGAUUUUUAUUUCUCUCAGGUGCUCAGUAAAUGUUUUCUCAAAAAGGGUUCAGAACAAAAAACCCACAUUUUUUGGUGGGGGGACAUUUACAGUCUAAUUAUAUUUCAAGCUUGCUGCCUUGUGGUAAUUAGCAUAAUGGGAUUUGAGCUAUUAGAGAAGUUUCAGUUAAUAAAUGUCCUCUUGCCCCACCUCCAGUCAAUAUUUAUUACUUUGCAGUUAAAACUCAGAAGAGAUCGGCCGUCCCUGGAGUGACCAUCACACAGUUUGUGGAGGACAUUCCAAAAGGGUGCAGCACACCUGACUUUGAGCGGAAGCCAAUUACCUUAACAUUACAGGAAGGUGAGGCAUCGCCUAAGAACUGAUUAUUACAAUUCUUGAAUAGCUGAGCAAAUUCCUCCUCUUUCAGAGGAAGAGAGGAGAACUAGCCCCGUUGUAUAUCGGGGGGGGGGCUGUGUGGAGAGAGUCUCUUCCUUUAAAUUCCUGGGAUUUUUAUGUGAGCAAAUGCAAAUGAAAGUACAAUGCAAGCAAACUAAACAGUUUGUUGUUGUUUAGUCAUUUAGUCCUGUCCAACUCUUCGUGACGCCAUGGACCAGAGCACACCAGGCACUCCUGUCUUCCACUGCCUCCCGCAGUUUGGUCAAACUCAUGCUGGUAGCUUCGAGAACACUGUCCAACCAUCUCGUCCUCUGUCGUCCCCUUCUCCUUGUGCCCUCAAUCUUUCCCAACAUCAGGGUCUUCCCCAGGGAGUCUUCUCUUCUCAUGAGGUGGCCAAAGUAUUGGAGCCUCAGCUUAAUUACCAACUAUUUUUGGCGUUUCUAAGGCAUCUGCUGGAACACUUUAUUUCUUAUUAGGAGGGAACUAGAAAACACAUGGCAAAUAUUUCAAAGGGGAAUUCCUUUACAUCAUCCGUUUUUAUUGUGGAUUUCCGCUUCCAACUGAAACAUUUCCCUUCUUUUUUCCUCCAAGGUAAAAAUGCCAUUUUCAGAGCUGUGGUCAAGGGUGAACCAAAACCAGAGGUGUUCUGGAAACGCAAUAAUGAGGCAGUGGAUGAUCCUCAGAAAUACCAGAUAUCAUUCAGUCCGGCCACAAAUGAGUUUAUCCUGCAGGUGAGGAUUAACUGCUAUCUAAUGGCUAUGUACACACUAUACAUUUAGACUGCAUCAACAGAAGUAUAGUGUCCAGGUCAAGGGAAGUAAUAGUCCCACUCUAUUCUGCCUUGGUGAGACCUCACCUGGAAUACUGUGUCCAAUUCUGGGCACCACAAUUUAAGAAGGAUGCUGACAAGCUGGAACGUGUGCAGAGAAGGGUGACCAAGAGCCACAAGAGUCUGGAAACCAAGCCUUAUAAGGAACAGCUGAGGAAGUUGGGUAUGUUUAGAGGAGACUGAGAGGAGAUAUGAUAGCCAUCUUCCAAUAACUUAAGGGCUGUCACAUGAAAGAGGGAGCAAGCUUGUUUUCUCCUGUUCUGGAGGGUAGGACUCAAACCAAUGGCUUCGAAUUGCAAGAAAAAUCAGGAAGAACUUUCUGACAGUAAGAGCUGUUUGACAGUGGAAUGGACUCCCAUGAGAGGUAGUGGGCUCUCCUUCUUUGGAGGUUUUUAAGCAGAGGUUGGAUGGCUGUCUCUCAUGGAUGCUUUAGUUGAGAUUCCUGCAUUGCAGGGGGUUGGACUAGAUGACCCUUUGGCCCCAUUCCAACUCUAUGAUUCUAUGAUUUAAAUGAUUUAAAUCAAAGAAUUCUGGGAACUGCAGUUUGUUGAGCAUGCUGGGAAUUUUAGCUCUGCGAUGGGUAAACUGAAGUUCCCAGGAUGCUUUGGUGGAGGGGGGGGAGUCGUGUGCUUUAAUGUAUGGUAUAUACAUAGCUUCCUGUGAAUAUACUGUUUAAACUUUAACGCAGUAAAAUGUCAAGGACUGGUGAAUCUUCUCCCUAAAAAAUGGAGCAUCUUAGAAGAAGAAGAAGAGCCUGCUGGAUCAAACCAAUAGCCCACCUCAUCCAGCAUCCUGUUCUUAUAGUGGCCAACCAGACACCUGUGGGAAACCAGCAAGCAGGACCUGAGCGCACACAACAAUAAUAAAUUUUCUGCACUGAUUUCCAUUUCUCUUUUCUCUUUAAAGGUAAACAAAAUCACUGCGGAUGAUGCUGACUUGUACCGUUGCACCGCUGUGAAUGAGUAUGGGGAAGCCACCUGCACUGCUGGUCUCAAGAUCAUACAGGGUAGGCUAGUCAAGGUAGCAUGCUGCAUUCAGCCUAAACAAUAAUGCUUUGGCACUGAGGACCAACUAUUACUUAAGUUGCAAUCCUAAACAUGCUUACCAGGGGUGAAAGCACUGCUGAGUACAAUGAGACUUACUUCUGAGUAUGUAUGCAUAAAAAGGUAAAAGGACCCCUGACCAUUAGGUCCAGUCGCAGACGACUCUGGGGUUGCGGCGCUCAUCUUGCUUUACUGGCCAAGGGAGCCGGCGUACAGCUUCCGGGUCAUGUGGCCAGCAUGACUAAGCCGCUUCUGGCAAACCAGAGCAGCGCAUGGAAACACCGUUUACCUUUCCGCCGGAGCGGUACCUAUUUAUCUACUUGCCCUUUUGAUGUGCUUUCAGACUGCUAGGUUGGCAGGAGCAGGGACCAAGCAACAGGAGCUCACCCCGUCACGGGGAUUCAAACCGCCGACCUUCUGAUCGGCAAGCCCUAGGCUCUGUGGUAUGCAUAGGAUGGCAUUAUUAAUGCAAAUAAUAAGUAUGGGAGGGACAAUAACUUAGUGGUAGAGCACAUAACUUUGCAUGGAGAAGUUUCCCGGUUCAACCUCUGGCAUCUCUAGUUUAAAGGAUCAGGAAGCAAAUGAUGUGAGUGACCUGAGACCCUGGAGAACUGCUGUCAUUCAGAAAGAAAAAAAAUAUCCAGUAUGAUAUGUAUAAUGCAACUAUAGGUAUUCUUAUUCAUGAAAGGUACCCAUUAAAAUCUACAGGCCAACAAAGGGCUUUCUCUAUGACUGUAAUUGCCAUUAGGCAUUUGAAUGUCAUGUUUUAAUAGAAUAUUUAAAUGAGAAACAUAGAUGAUGCAUUUCCCAGUUUGACUAAUACAAAGCGAACCAUGCUUGUCUCACUGAAUUCGGUAUAAGUAUGGACUGUACACUUAAGCCCUAAGAAUUCUGUGAGGCUUGAGUGUGCUUAACUUCUAAAUUGUAACAACUGUCAAUGCUUAGAGGAGACAUUCCUGCAACUACAUUGCUAAUUAAGGAAUUCUCCUUCCCUCUUGAUUUCUCUCCCUCCUCACCUUUCUUCUCUUGCCGUAACUGAUCAGUUGGCUUCAAGAAGAAAGCGAAGCAGACUUCUUCUGCACCACAGACAGGUAAGCUGCAUUGGUCUGGAGGCUCACAAGCCAAGACUUUGCCACUUGAUAAUACAUCGACCACAUCAACACUCUUAUUAAGUUCUGGGUUAAGGAAGCCCCAUUUUCAUUGCAUGCCAAUUCUUUUUUAAAAAAAAUCUUGCAGACCUGAAAAAGGAGCUCCAGGACUUCAGAAAAACAUUAAAGAAACGGUGAGUGUUUCCAAGAACAGGUUGUUUUAUAAAGUAGGGGGAAGGGGGUCCCUGACUUCCAAAAAAUAUGAUAUGGCUGACAACGUCCCAAUUCCCACUUGCAAAGGGCAUUAUAUAAAUGGUUAUUCUGCAGAAAAUGUUCAUGAACAUCAGUAUAUAAUAAGCAGAUAUCUUGCUUCUGACAGUAAUAGGGAUCAGUCCCCAGUAAAUGUUGCUGUCAGUAUGUAUAAAUGUAAUAAGUGAAUAAUAAAUACUGUGUGUACAGAUAGGCUUAAAACAUCUUCUUGAUAAAUUACUGUUUCAUGAUUCCAAAUGGUGGGAGGGCCAACAUCUCCCCAGGUAAGAUGUUCCAGUGCAGAGGUAUUUUAGCUUGCAGAAAUAAUGUAGUGUACUUAAUAAUGCCACCCGCUGAGUGCAAUUCUGCCAUUAGCUGCAAACAUCCCCAUCAUAAACAGAGGAGGCUAUAUAUGGUGUCAUUAAAGAAAACAAAUGGAGUCCUACUAGUAUGUUCCUAGUGGAUUUGCCUCAGAUUCUGAAGAGGGUUUGGAAUGAAAAGCAACCCCUCCACCCCAAAAAACACCCCACCACAUAUACAUAUUGAGAAAGAUGUCUCCUGCUAUUCACAUAUAAUCAGGGUUUCUCUUCCUGGUACUUAACUCUCUCAGAACGCCUUCAAGUGCUCCAAAGAAGGAAAUUGAUAUGGAACAGAUCUGGCAGUUAUUGCUGAAUGCAGAUAAGAAAGAUUAUGAAAGGAUCUGCCUAAAGUAUGGCAUUGUUGACUUCCGUGGGAUGCUGAGGAAGCUUCAAGAGAUGAAGAAGGAGAGAGAGGACAAGCAGGCACAAGUAAGGCUAUCUCUUUAACGCCAGAAUCUAGGGAGGCAAAUCCUCAUCUUGUUGCAUUUCAUAGAAAGAAGAAGAAGAAGCUGUCUUAUACUGAGUCAGGCCAUUGGUUCACCAGGCUCAGUAUUUUCUACCCUGGCUGCCAGCAGCUCCUCAAGAUUGAAGGCAGGGAUCUCUCACAGUCCUAUCUAGAGAUGCCUGAGGACUGUUGUUGGGAAAUUCUGCCUGCAAAGUAGAUGCUUUACGCUGAAUUAUGACGUUAUCUGUGUCACAAAUUCAGAAUUGAGUAAGUUUUUCUGAAGGUCCCAUGCAGAUUAAAUGAUCCAAUCACAGAUCUCCAGGUGAAAUUUAAAACUUUAUUGCCAAAGCUCUGAGUAUUAUAGUGAACUUGACACAAGGCUUGGGCUUGUUUUCCACAGCACAUUCUCCUUAGAAAGGAGAGCACCCAGAUUUAUCUAAAAAGCAUCGAAACAGUAAUCUUGCUUACUGCUGUUGAAAUAAUUGCCUUGGUUGUCCCCAGAACAGGCAGUACCCCAUUUAAGCAGCGUUAAUAGUCCUUGAAAUCCCCUAUUAUAUCUCGUCUUUGCUCUUUACAGUAUCUGCUCAACCUCAGGAACCUGAGGCAUGUCAGAGUCAAUGAGGUGCAAGGAAAUGCUUCAUUUGACCUAGAGAUGGAACUGAAAAAUCCAGAAAGUAGAAUUUACCUAUACAAGGUAAGGAAGGUUAAGUCAAGUCACGAAGUUGUACCAUAUCAGACAUCUGGGCUGAACUGGAGCUAAGUAGCUCAGGAGAGAAACCGAGAAAUGCAUAGCAGCAUUGCUUGACUCCAUGGUAUACUAUACAUGUUUACAGUGGUACCUCGGGUUAAGUACUUAAUUCGUUCCAGAGGUCCGUACUUAACCUGAAACUGUUCUUAACCUGAAGCACCACUUUAGCUAAUGGGGCCUCCUGCUGCCGCCGUGCCACCGGAGCUCGAUUUCUGUUCUCAUCCUGAAGCAAAGUUCUUAACCUGAAGCACUAUUUCUGGGUUAGCGGAGUCUGUAACCUGAAGCGUAUGUAACCUGAAGCGUAGGUAACCUGAAGCGUAGGUAACCUGAGGUACCACUGGAAACAAAUUUCAGAAGGGAAUGUGUUAAAGUGAAAGCACGGCUUCUACACCUCUUUAGGAGGAGUAACAAUGACACAAUAAUCUUCCAAAAGGAUACUGUAGAGUUGGAAAAGGUUCAGAAAGGGGCAGUCAAAAGGAACAGGGGAUGGAACAACUCUCCUAUGGUGACAGGUAGUGUUUGGGCCUUUUAGUUUAGAGCAAAGUUAAGAGGUGACAUGACAGAAGUUACUCCUGGUAUGUUGAAACUGGAUAGUGAAAAGUUUUUCUCCCCCUCUCAUAAUACCAGUCCUCAUUGGACAUCCAGUGAACUUGAAUAUUGGAAGAUUCAGGACAGAUAAAAGAAAGUACUUUUUCAUGUAGCACAUAGCCACCCAGAGUGGCUGGGGCAACCCAGUCAGAUGGAUGGGGUACAAAUAGUUAAACAAUGAGACUCUCAGUGAUGGCACCCAACUGGGGUGGUUUUAAAAGAGGAUUAGAUAAAUUGAUGGAGGAUCUAUCAAUGGGCUUGCUCUACCUCCAUGGUCAGAGGCAAUAAUAGCAGUUCUCAAAACUCAAUAUUUACGAAUAUUUACAUAUCCGUGUUCAUUUUAAAUCCCUGGUUAGCUUGUUUUUUUGGUGUUUCCCAAUUAUAGAGGCUUCAUGGAAUCUUUGUCACCUGUCAAUUUGUUGCAAAUGGACAUUUGCAAGGAUCAUUUUGCUUGGACUUUGGUUUAUAUCGUUUCCAAGAUGAUUCUGACCUUCCUGUGAAUUUAUUCUCUUUCCUUCCUCCCUUCAGGAUGGCCAGAUGAUCAAUUUUGCAUUUGACAGUGAAAACACAAAGCACUGCCUGCGACAGGUUGGCAAAAAGUACAAUUUUAUCAUCAACGAUCUGCAGCCAGAAGAUGCUGGCGUGUACCAGAUCAAAGUAGAAGAUGUAGAUGUUUUCUCAACUGAGCUGGAAGCAGAAUGUAAGGCUUCGUGACCAUGGGGUUGUGCACAGAACCUAGAGGGGGUGUGCAUUUGUUUCAUAACAUAUGGAAAAAAAUUGAAAUGAAUGGGGGCCACUCAUUUCAUUUGAUAUUACUGGUAAAGAAACAAAUGCCAGAGUUCUGGAUGAAUUCCAAAUGUCAUAUAUUCGUUCAUUGCUCAUUUAUGACUUGUUUGGAACCAUUCAUCUCCUACUAACAGCAGGUAUAGAUCAGAUGAAGAUUACUGGUUGAGCUGCGGUAGUUUUCCUAACUUCCACAUUUCCAAAGGGCUCAUCCAGACUUGCUUUCCCCUGGAAAAACACAUCUUUAUUGCUAAAUUGGAGCAAAUGCCAAUCAUGUUUUCUCCGAUUUAUCGCUAAAGAAUGGACAAGGGCAAAACCGCUCAGACCCAUGCUUAGAAAGUGCAAGAGAAGCAGAAAACCACCCCGACCCAUGGUUUCCGGGCAUGGGAGAAGUAAACGUGAGGAUGAGUUAAUGAUUUGUACAGUGAUACCUUGGUUCCUGAAUGGCUUAGCUGUUGAACAAAUGAGCUCCCAAACACCGCAAACCCAGAAGUAAGUCUUAAAAAGAACACCCAGAAGUAAGUGUUCUGGUUUGCAAACGUUUUUCAGAAGCUGAAUGUCUGAUGUGGCUUCCGAUUAAGUGCAAGAAGCUUCUGCAUCCAAUUGGAAGCCGUGCCUUAGUUUUCAAAUGGUUUUCAAAUGGAGUUUUCAAAUGGUUUUCAAAUGGAGUUUUCAAAUGGUUUUCAAAUGGAGUUGAAUGGACUACCGGAAUGGAUUAAGUUCAAGAACCGAGCUACCACUGUAGUUUGAAAGAGAGAUUAGUUGAUACAUAGUCUGAUCAUGAAACAGGGGCCCUUUUCCCUAUCUGUCUGAAUUGUAGCAGGUCUGAUUCUAAGGUCUGAUUCCUUAGAAAGGGAAUGAAAUCCUUGAUAUUUUCAUACCAACUGGAAAACACAGAGUAACAAGGAGAAGAAGUGCCACUGGAUGUCCCAUAGAAGGCAGGGGGAAACCAAGAACAAAUGAGAAUAAUGACAAUGAAUUAAAUAAUAAUGAAAAUGAAUGUGAAUAUCAAUUAAUGAAUCACUAAAUGAGUGAGGGUUUAAUAACAAAAACAAAAUAACUACUGGGGGGAUUCUUGCACACCCCUAGUCUCAGCUGUAAUUAAAUCUCAAAGUUACAGCUCAAUCCUAUGCAUGGUCUCUCAGAAGCAAGUCCUGUGUUUACCCGCAGGGUUGCAGGAUGCAUAGGAUUGCCACCUGACUAGUGUCAAAAAUUAACAACAAAAAUUAACAAUGAAAACAAAUGUUCAAACUAAGGCCUCAGGGCUUCUUCAUGCGUUAUUCUUUUUAAGGCUGUAACUGUAACCUCAUGCAUCAGUUGUGUCUUUUUGAUGCACAUAGUACAUAAACACACACGCCAGGGAUUUAUACCCAUGUUGGAUCAAAUGUCUCAUAAGAUGUGAAGCAGCUCUCACUUUUGUGACUGAGCUCAGCUUUAAUAGAAAGAUGCUGUGUAGGCUGAGAACUUGAUUAGAAGGCAGAAGGGGCUUGUUUCUAAUUGCAUAAUGGUGCAUAUUUUACCAAACAUGAGGUUUUAAGACCUCAUUUUACCAAAAAACCAAAACAUGAUAGCACCUAGCUACAGUCUAGAUAUGGAGCCCCAGCUGACAUUAGAGCAUCUCACAAGCUUUAAUGUAUAAUCUGAGAGUUAAAAAUUGCUGCAUAAAAUAAGGGCAGAUAAAUUUCUUGGAGGUUUUCACAUGCAGUCCAUAUCAGGCUAUCAGGGUGCUUUGUUGCCAAAUCGGGGCUGGAAGUUCUGUUCAGGUUUUAGCAUUUGUUUGGGUAAUUUUGGAAGGCAGAUACUAAGCCCUCACUCGCUGCUGAAUGGAACUGGGUUUCCCCACGUUCCAUCCAUCUCACUGCUCUUCCAAAGCUGCCCUGCGGUCAGAAUCUGUUGCAUGUCUGUUUAACAUCAAUUUGGUAUUGCAGCCAUCCCAGUAAGUUUUCGCUAUCCUCUUGGUGAGGUGAGAUGCCACGAGCAAGGAAAUGCUGUCUUUCAGUGCACUCUCUAUGAACCCUGCUCCAACGCUACGUGGCUGCACAGAGACCGUAUUCUAGAGUCCAAUGACAAGUAUGAAAUUUCGGUCUCGGAAGAUGGCCUCACUCAUCGCCUAAUCAUCAAAAACACCCAGGCCUCUGACAAGGGGACUUACACCAUUGAUGUUGGAGACCGCUCUUCAAGUGCCUGGCUUGAGGUUGAAUGUGAGUGGUGAUCUAAUCUCGAUUUCUCACACUAUAAUCUAUUGUGAAGUGGGGUGCCCCAUUCCCUCAUAGCAGCACUUCAGGGUUCUACAUCCAAGGACUGAUUAUUAAGCGCCCAAUUAUGGAGUACAGGCUGAUUUAAAUGGGAUAGAUAUUGGAAGAAACCUUAGGGCCUAUUGUCAUUAUUUCUUACACCAGUAACUUUAAAUAGCAAUCCUUUAAUUGUGCUUGUGCUUUCCUGUCUGGCAUGUUUAACAUGUAUUAGAAAUGUCAUUGAUUUAAAGGAAAGGAGUUCUAUAGAAAACUUUGUUAAAUUGUAAAAACACGAACAGUUCAUCUAUACCAGCACACUGUUUCCAACACUAGCAGAAAGAGAUAUAAAGGACCCAUUUUAGUUGCCAUAGCCAAUAUUUGUUGACAGUCCCUAACCUUUAUUCACUUGUCCAUACCAUUGUUAAAGAUAUGAGUCAAUCUAGUGGGCGUGACUUUAAUUUGUGGCCUAUAAUGCCAUUUUGGUUGUUUUUGUUAAUGCCAGUAACUAUUUGGAAAUAAGAGGUGAUUUCCUUCACUAAAAACUAACUAACUAAAUUCAUGUAUAAUAUUGAUCAUGAUGUAGAAUAAAAUGCCACACACACAGUGGGUGGCAUCACAUCUAUUUCCUUAAUAUGGUUCUGAUUAAAACAGAAUUAUUUUGCACUACAUUAGUUCCCCCCUUGUUUUCCCAUUUAUUUCUUGUACAUGGCUGUGAACUAGUUUAAGCUGACUAGCAAUAUGUUUACAAUGCAGCUAAAGGAAAGAGAAAACAGACUGAAGGAGAUAGUGAUGAUAUAACUGGAUGGCGGAAGAAACAGCCAGAUGAAGACCGUGCAAAGAAACUUCGUCAAGGACAAGGCCGUGAUGAGCAGGAUGGCCAGUAUAAGAAUGGCCAAGCUGGCGAAGGAGAAUCUUAUGGUUCCUUAGGAAAAGAUGGAUCUUUGGGAAGAGGAGGAGCCAACAGAGAUGGGAAGAUGGGACAGUUUUCUGGGGUGGGGACAGACAUGGGAGAAGGGCAUGAGUUCUCUGGAUUUGCUGGUGGUAGUAGUGAACAUAUGGGACAUACUGGAUAUGGUGUUAGUGGAGGAAUGGGUGGUUUGGGUGGCAUGGGUUCACUGCAUGGUAAAGAUGCUAUGUUAGGUGGCACAGGAACUGGAUCUGGAGGUGCAGGUGGAUGGCAAACUUCAGAUGGUUCCACAUUUAAUGGAGCAGGUGGGCCAGGAGCUGGGUUUGGUGGUGCUGGUGGAGUAGGUGGACUCUAUGGCAAGGAUGGUAAGGUAGGUGGAGCUGGUGCUGGUGGAGUAGGUGGACUCUACGGCAAGGAUGGGAUGGUAGGUGGAGCUGGUGCUGGUGGAGUAGGUGGACUCUAUGGCAAGGAUGGGAUGCUAGGUGGAGCUGGUGCUGGGGGAGCUGGCAGUGCUGGCAGAGAAGGUGGACUUUAUGGUAAGGAUGGCAUGCUUGGUGGAGGUGGUGGUGCUGGUGGAGCAGGUGGACUCUAUGGCAAGGAUGGGAUGCUAGGUGGAGCUGGAGCUGGGGGAGCUGGUGGUGCUGGUGUAGGUGGACUUUAUGGUAAGGAUGGGAUGCUAGGUGGAGCUGGUGCUGGGGGAGCUGGUGGUGCUGGUGGAGUAGGUGGACUUUAUGGGAAGGAUGGUAUGUUAGGUGGAGCUGGUGGUGCUGGUGGAGCAGGUGGACUCUACGGCAAGGAUGGGAUGCUAGGUGGAGCUGGAGCUGGGGGAGCUGGUGGUGCUGGUGUAGGUGGACUUUAUGGUAAGGAUGGGAUGCUAGGUGGAGCUGGUGCUGGGGGAGCUGGUGGUGCUGGUGGAGUAGGUGGACUUUAUGGGAAGGAUGGUAUGUUAGGUGGAGCUGGUGGUGCUGGUGGAGCAGGUGGACUCUACGGCAAGGAUGGGAUGCUAGGUGGAGCUGGAGCUGGGGGAGCUGGUGGUGCUGGUGUAGGUGGACUUUAUGGUAAGGAUGGGAUGCUAGGUGGAGCUGGUAUUGGCGGACCUGGUGGUACUGGUGGACUUCAUGGCAAGGAUGGGAUGCUAGGUGGAGCUGGGGCUGGUGGAGCUGGUGGUCCUGGUGGAUUUGGGGGACUUUAUGGCCAGGAUGGUAUGUUAGGUGGUGCUGGUGGACCUGGCAGUGCUGGUGGAGUAGGUGGACUUUAUGGUAAGGAUGGUAUGUUAGGUGGAGCUGGUGGUGCUGGUGGAUUUGGGGGACUUUAUGGCAAGGAUGGUAUGUUAGGUGGAGCUGGUGCUGGUGGAGCCGCCGGUGCUGGUGGAGUAGGGGGACUUUAUGGCAAGGAUGGGAUGCUAGGUGGAGCUGGCACUGAGGGUGCUGAUGGAGUGGGUGGACUUUAUGGCAAAGAUGGUUUUCUAGGUGGAGCUGGUGGACUUGAUGGUGCUGGUGGAGUAGGUGGACUUUGUGGCAAAGACGGUCUGCCAAUUGGAGCUGGUCAACUUGGUGGUGCUGGUGGAUUUGGGGGACUUUAUGGCAAGGAUGGUAUGUUAGGUGGAGCUGGUGAUGCUGGUGGUGUAGGAGGACCUUAUGGUAAGGAUGGUAUGCUAGGCGGAGUUGGUGCUGGUGGACCUGGCAUUGGUGAUGGAGUGGGUGGGCCUUAUGGCAAGGAUGGCAAGCUAGGCAGAACUGGACCUGACGGACCUGGUGGUGCUGGUGGAGUAGGUGGACUCUACAGCAAGGAUGGGAUGCUAGGUGGAGCUGGAGCUGGCGGACCUGGUGGUGUUGGUGGAGGAGGUGGAGUAGGUGGUGCUGGUGGAGUAGGUGGACUUUAUGGCAAGGAUGGUAUGUUAGCUGGAGCUGGUGCUGGUGGACCUGGUGGUGCUGGUGGAGUAGGAGGACUUUAUGGGAAGGAUGGAAUGCUAGGUGGAGCUGGUGCUGGCGGGCCUGGUGGUGCUGGCGGAGUAGGUGGUGCUGGUGGAGUAGGUAGUGCUGGUGGAGUAGGAGGACUUUACGGCAAGGAUGGGAUGCUAGGUGGAGUUGGUAUUGGCGGACCUGGUGGUACUGGUGGAGUAGGUGGACUUUAUGGCAAGGAUGGAAUGCUAGGUGGAGCUGGUGCUGGUGGACCUGGUGGUGCUGGUGGAGUAGGUGGACUUUAUGGCAAGGAUGGUGUGUUAGGUGGAGCUGGUGCUGGUGGACCUGGUGGUGCUGGUGGAGUAGGGGGACUUUAUGGUCAGGAUGGUAUGUUAGCAGGAGCUGGAGCUGGAGCUGGUGCUGGCGGACUUGGCGGUGCUGGUGGAGUAGGUGGUGCUGGUGGAGUAGGUGGACUUUAUGGCAAGGAUGGAAUGCUAGGUGGAGCUGGUGCUGGUGGACCUGGUGGUGCUGCUGGAGUAGGGGGACUUUAUGGCAAGGAUGGUGUAUUAGGUGGAGCUGGUGCUGGUGGAGCUGGCGGUGCUGGUGGAGUAAGUGGACUUUAUGGUCAGGAUGGUAUGUUAGCUGGAGCUGGAGCUGGUGCUAGCGGACUUGGUGGUGCUGGUGGAGUAGGUGGUGCUGGUGGAGUAGGGGGACUUUAUGGCAAGGAUGGGAUGCUAGGUGGAGCUGGUGCUGGUGCUGGUGCUUGCGGACCUGGUGGUACUGGUGGAGUAGGUGGACUUUAUGGUAAGGAUGGUGUUUUAGGUGGAGCUGGUGCUGGUGGACCUGGUGGUGCUGCUGGAGUAGGUGGACUUUAUGGCAAGGAUGGUAUGUUAGCUGGAACUGGUGCUGGCGGACCUGGUGGUGCUGGUGGAGCUGGCGGUGCUGGUGGAGUAGGUGGACUCUAUGGCAAGGAUGGGAUGCUAGGUGGAGCUGGUGCUGGGGGAGCUGGCGGUGCUGGGGGAGUAGGUGGACUUUAUGGUCAGGAUGGUGUGUUAGGUGGAGCUGGUGGUGCUGGUGGAGUAGGUGGACUCUAUGGCAAGGAUGGGAUGCUAGGUGGAGCUGGUGCUGGGGGAGCUGGCAGUGCUGGGGGAGUAGGUGGACUUUAUGGUAAGGAUGGUAUGUUAGCUGGAGCUGGAGUAGGUGCUGGCGGACCUGGCGGUGCUGGUGGAGUAGGUGGUGCUGGUGGAGUAGGGGGACUUUAUGGCAAGGAUGGGAUGCUAGGUGGAGCUGGUGCUGGCGGACUUGGUGGUGCUGGUGGAGUAGGUGGAGUAGGUGGUGCUGGUGGAGUAGGUGGACUUUAUGGCAAGGAUGGUAUGUUAGGUGGAGCUGGUGCUGGCGGACCUGGUGGUGUUGGCGGCAUUGGUGGGCUCUAUGGUAAGGAUGGCAUGCCAAGUAGACCAGGCAUUGGCGGACUUGGUGGUGCUGGUGGCACAGACAGUCUGCUUGACAGUACUGGUGUUUCUGGUGCAGAAGGUAUGAGAGGUCAUCAUGGUAAGGAUGGUGUGCUUCCUGGGGUUGGUGGUGUUGGGUUAAGAGGUGUAGGGAGCACCGGUGACCUUUAUGGUCAGGCAGGUACUUUACAUGGAACUGAGGCUGGUGGUGCUGGCACUGGAUUAGGAGGCAUGGGUAGCAUGAUGGAUCGAACUGGAGGAGCUGGCACCAAGUAUGGUGUAUCAGGUGAGGGUUAUGGUGAAGGAGGGAUAGGUAAGGAUGGCAGGGUUAGUGGAACUGGUGCUGGUGGUCUUAGUGGUGAGGGAUGGUUGGAUGGUAGGGAUGGUAGGCUAGGUGGAUUUGGUGUUGGUCCAGGAGUUAGAGGUGCUGAUGGAUCCCUGUAUGAGAAUAUGUCAGGCAUUCCUGGUGAAGAGUUCCUAGGCUAUGGACAGUCUUCUGGCCUUUCUGACGCUGGAACCCAUGCUGGUGACAGAAGAAGACAGCUGUCUGACUUAGAUGCCAGUCAACUUACUUCAUCUGAUAUUUCAAGAACCAGGGACAGGAAAGGGAGAGGAGGAAGUCUUCUUGAAGAGGAUGUGAGAGGUAUUUAUAUAUUUAUGAACAUAGUAAGCCCACAACUUAUGCUCACUGUUUUUUUAACGCGACCACAACCUUAUGCAGGAGAUCAAAAAUAUAUAUGUAAAUUGGAAAAAUGUGGGGGAAAUUCAAAUACGCGUUUAAAAAAAUGUCAGAAAAAAGCAGGGGAGCAGGAAACAAUAGUUGGCAAUCCCAUCAGCCUUUGUACUCACCCUGGGAGAGUGUUCAAGCGUCUUUAGAGAGUUGGAGUCAGAGAACCAGAUAAUGAGAUAGGGCCUAGCAAGGGCACAGAGAGCAAGCAAAGGUGGUCUGAGAGUUAGGGGCAGGUCAUCUGAGAAUUCCUGGCUUUACGUGUUUUUGCAUUUGCAUUCGGUUCCCGGUAACCGAACCCUCAUGUAAGUUGCGGGCUUACUGUAAUUUAUUGUCUCCCUGUUUCAUUUAUUUGUGUUUAUAACAUCUCUCAUGUUUUUAAAGAUGUUUUCUAAAAAUAGUCCCUUCUAUCUCUUUUGUUUGCACAGAAUCACAUCCCCGUUUCAACCAAGGUUUAUUUGACCUCCAUGCACCAAAAGGAAAACCAGCUGUGUUAACUUGCAGCCUCAACAAUGACCAGCUUGAGGGAACUUGGUUUAAAGAUGGGUUCAAGGUAACUUGAAAGCAGUAAACAUCUCAAGAAUGUCUUUUUAGUGUUAUACUCAUCUUUUUCACUUUAAUUUUUUAUCUUGAAAUAAAGCUUCCAUAAUGCAGACAACAAGCAGGAGGAACACAAUGCCUAACUUUGCCUCUUGUUGUUAUCAACCAAAGAUGGGACAUGUCUAAAACCGGUUUAGAGAAAAUAGAUGACUUUUUGACUCUCUCUAUCUGUUUGCUGUAAUGUUCCAUGUAAUUUCUGAGAGAGAAUAUUUCUUUACCUUCUGUCUACCUCCCCACAAGAUAACAGGUCAGGAUGGAAUCUCCAUUGAGAAGGAGGGCCCAGUCCACAAACUAUUAAUAGAUGAAGUACAAGAUAGCCAUGCUGGAAAAUACAAAUUCGAAGCUGGAGGAGUCCGAACAGAGGCAUCUAUUUUUGUUGAAGGCAAGUCUAGUCCAGCCUAGUAGAGAAAAUGGUGCUAAAAUUGCUACUGGUUGAAUUAUGCUCUUAGUAUUAUAUGAUUUUGUGGGACACAUAGUGCUGGAAAGCAUGAUGAAGUCACUGAAUAAUGCACAUAAACCAGAUAUCAUUCUCUCAAAAGCAGAGAGUAGGGAUCACCUGGGAGACAUUUCAUCAUGAGAACCUUGGUCAUUUCAGAACGGCUCUGCCAAACUAAUCUUCCUCCCCAGUUGCUUUGAUUAUGAAUUACCCUUCCUCCUUACUUCCCUACAGUGGCUCUCUAUCACAUCUAGUUCUUACCCUUAAAGUUUUCUCCCAUGACUUUGCCAUCAUUUCUAUGGCACCUCUUCCCAUGCCACCUGCUGUCCAAAUGUUUACUUUCCCUUCCUUUUUUAUUUCUCUUUCCCUCAUUGACCUCUGUCCCUUCUUCCACAUUGUUGUACAGCGCUUGUAGCAGCUCUGUAAUCUUGACUCACUUAGAUACCUUCUGAGAAUUCACAUUUUUAAAACUUAAAAAUAAUCAUCAUACUAGGCUCGUUGCUUGCUAUCAGUGGCGUAGCGUGGGGGGUGCAGGGGGGGCCGGCCGCACCGGCCGCAACAUCUGGGGGGGGCGCGCUCGCACUCGCAGCUCUCUGCCCCUACCUGGCUCACUCACUCUCUCUCACUGCAGUGCUGGCUGUGCGAAUCCGAUCCGAGCUGCUGGGUCGCCGCCCACUGUGGAGGGGUGGGUGCCAGGCGUGCGGUGCGGAGAGAGAGCAAGGGACUAUCUGGGGGAGGGACAGUGCAGCGGCCGCCCAGCGCAGCGCUGAGCGCGGGAGAGAACCACACCAGACCAGCCCAGGCAGCAGCAAGAAGAAGCUGGCAGCGGCGGCAGGUUAGGGGUUAGGGGGCGCAAAUUACUUGCCUUGCCCCGGGUUAGGGGGCGCAAAUUACUUGCCUUGCCCCAGGUUAGGGGGCGCAAAUUACUUGCCUUGCCCCGGGUGCUGACAACCCACGCUACGCCGCUGCUUGCUAUUCCUCUGUUUCUUUACUUCCUACAUUACAGUUGCAGUGCUUCCUGCUACCUUAGCUACCACUUAGCUUCUGACCCUGUUCCCCAUCCCUGGGAUCUAUUACAGUUUGUUUGUAUGUCCUCUGAGUGAAGACUGCAUCACUUGUACUAAGCACACUAUCAGCAGUAAAACAACAUCAGAUACUUGGAUUAGUGACAAAGGACUUUCGUUGUCAGUGGGUUUUCAGUGAGGUGCACUUUGAAAGAGUUUAAGAAUUCUGUGAAUUCUGAGGUUCUGGCAACCAUUGGCAAAAUAUUAGGCGUCACUAUUUCCUGUGGGCUCGUGGGUUAUUUAAAAGAAUAAUAAGCGUAGAGCAUCCAUAUAUUAGGGCUAAUUCAUGUACCUCUUAUUUCUAUGUGCAGACCCUCCAAAUGUUGACUCUGCUCUUCUGGAAAAACUGAAGAAGGAACCUAUAGUAGUAAAGGCAGGAAAGAAUGCCAUAGUGAAGAUCCCAUUUGAAGGCCGGAAGCCAGUCAGAUCAACUUGGCUAAAGGAUGAAGGGGAACUUCUGGAUGAUGCCAGGAUCAGCACUGACUAUUCAGACAACUUCACCCGGCUCUCCAUAUCCAGUGCUAAUCGGAAGGACUGUGGUGAUUAUAAAGUGAAACUGAAGAAUGAGAGUGGAAGCACUGAAGCUACUCUCAAGCUGGUAGUUAUAGGUGAGAGACCCCAAGUAUUUUAGCAAUAAGGCAUAAGACAACUUUAUGGGGGCCUUUAAGGCCUGCAUGUGGUGUCACACAUUUGGAAGCUGAAGCAUAGAGAGCAUAUUUAUUGGUACAUGGUGCCUAUAAGCAGGUAGUUGCAGCGUAGAGCAUGCACCAAUUCUGAUUAAUGUUGAAGACAGGCAGGCAGGCAGACAGACACACACACACACAGAGAGAGAGAGAGAGAGAGAGAGAGAGGUUGUUCAUAGCACAGAAAGUGCUUUUUGAUUAUAAUGCCUGUCUCUAGCAUAUCAGAAAAUAAAGCAUUUUUGCCCCUCCCUGAUUGCUCUCUUGCUUGAUCAUUACUGCUGCCUCCUCCUGUUGGAAAUCACAGUGCUUACUGCAGGAUCGUUAAGAUGGAAGCAGCCCAGCAUCCUCCCAUUCAAGCACCUUGGCUGCAGAGCACUCCAUUUCCCAUGUGAAACCAGAAGCAGUAGCAGCAGUAGUGUGUGGACAGGGACAAGAACGAUAUAUUAACAUUAGUAUGCUACUGAUAAAUAGUCUAAGAAAAAGUGCUGACAGAUCAUUUUUCCAGCACUGGAUAAGAAGAGCCUUGCUGGAUCCGAUUUGUUAUCCCACUUCCCACAGUGGCCAACUAGCUUCAGGUACCUCUGGGAAGCUCAAAAGAUAUCGCAACCAUUCCAAUACCAAGCAGACACAAAAGACCUUUUUCCAUCAGCUCUGUUUUGCUCCUCCAUGCAGAUAAGCCUCAACCACCAAUGGGACCCGUCGAAGUUGUGGACUGCUCCACAAACAGUAUAACUAUCCAGUGGAAGCCCCCCAAAGACGAUGGUGGCAAACCAAUCCAGAGUUAUAUUAUCGAGAGGCAGCAGGUUGGCAGAAAGACCUGGGUGACCUUGGGGAAGAGCGAUGGAAGCAGCACUGUCUUCACCACCAACAAAGUGGAACAUGACAAAAGUUACUACUUCAAAGUGAGAGCAGUGAAUGCCGAAGGUACCAGUGAGGCACUGGAGUCUGAUGAAGUGAUGGCUGCUACCAAAGGUAACAGGGACCCUUCUGCAUGUUUGUUUGUCAGCUUGCCAUGCCAACAUUCAACAUCCCAUCAGACCCCCAAUGAUGUGUAACUAAAUUGCAUGGACGUCUGCUAGUGGUACUUGCUAGCUGAAUUAGAAAUUAUGAUUAGAAAUUAUUCUUGUUUUAACAGGCAGUAUAGAUGUUUAAAUAAUGAGCAACUGCAUUCCCCCCCCCAGCAUUUCCUGGUCCUCCUGCUCCUCCCAAAAUUGUCAGUACCAGCAAGGGUGCCGUCACACUCUCAUGGGCAGCACCACAUAAGACCGGCAACUCCCGCAUCUUGGGCUACAGGAUUGAGAAGUGCAAGAAGGGCAGCAACAGCUGGACACCUGUCACUGAUGUGCCCAUUACAGGUAAGCAGUCAUAGAGCAAAGUGGCUAAAGGGCAUUACAAUAGGAACUGGAAUAUUGAGAUGUAUUCUUAGGUUGCCAAUUUAGCUCUGGUAAAGUAUAAUGACGACUUAUAAAAGUGAUGAAUAAGUAAAAAUGAGUUAUGGAAAAUAUGGCACUGGUCUUCAUGCUUUUAGGAUGAUGCGGUAGAAACUAUUUAAAAAUAUAUUUGCAGGGUUAUAAUAAGCCCUUUUCUGCUGACAAUUUAUGGUGUCUCAAAUAGCUGCUUGGUUUUAUUCUAAUUUUAUGAACUGUUUUGCAUUUUAAAUGUUUUGUUUACUGCCUUGUGAAGGCUUUUAACCUCCUGCCUAAAAUACGUUACUAAAUUAAGUAACCUUGCUCACCGGAUAGUUUUGUUGAUUAGACUUCCCUUCUGAACUUAACCACAAAUGUUCUCAUCAAUCCCUAUACCUAUUUUCUUUUUCUAUAGUAGGGGAAAUAAUUAGGUAAAUUAGUUAGAAGAAUGUACUAUAGGUUAAAGUCUCUUUAUUAUCCUUGCUCUCAGUAAUGCAAACACAAAGCCAAGGUUGACUGACUCCAUAUUGUGGCAUCACCAUGCUCACUAUAUGAUUUCCUGAAUGGAUUUGGGAUCAUUAUUUAUUUUUUAAAAUUUCUAUGUCUCCAUCCAAGGAUCACAGGGCAGUUUACAAUAUAAAAACACAAGAAUGCAUACCAUAGUAACAAACAAAAACAAUCCCACCCUCUCAACACACAGUUAAAAAAAACCCCAUAGAUGACUGUUGUUGGCAGCUUCAUUGUCCCCUAAGUGCAGGACAGCUCAGUCAGUACAUAAUGCGACUUUAUUUCAGGAUUGUGGGUUCGAGCCCCACAUAGGGGGAAAGAUCCCUGCAUCCUAGGCAGUUGGACUAGAUGACCUUUGUAGUUCCUUCCAAUUCUAUGACCUCUCUUCUUUAUCUUAAGUGGGACUUAGAGCAGACAGCCCUUUAAACAGAAGUCUCUUUCUAAUAGAGGACUACAUUCUGUAAAAAAAGAAAAAGAAGAGUGCAUGACAAUGCUCAUUGGGAUAUAGUCAACUUUGUUUUUCUCACACGCUGAAAUUAAUGGCUUGAAGUUAGUCGUGGCCAUUAAUUUCAGUGGGACCACUUUGAGUAGGAAUAACAUUCAGUUUCAUUUUUCUCCUGUAUCUGUUGACUACAAAACUCAAAGCAGGAUAAUUAUUUCUCAUUAUGUUAUUAAAUUCCACAGACAGGAAGUACACAGUGACUGACCUGAAGGAGGGUCUGCUGUAUGAAUUCCGUGUGGCUGCCAUUAAUGCUGCAGGGGCGGGUGACGUUAGUGUGCCGUCGGAAGCUGCUUUUGCUCGGGAUCCCAUGAGUAAGUGAUUCAGUCUAUCCUACUGGGCAUGGCACAGGAAAACCAGAGGUGGGGAAGGUGGGGAGAAAGAGAGAAGUUGCACAAAAUGUUUCAAUGUGUUCAUCCACUCAACAAAUCAUUUGCCGAGUGCCAUCAUUCAUGUUUAAAUUGGGAUAUGGGUUUCAGGCAGCGGUACUCAAUUACCCCACUCAGUAAUGGAAAAUGUCCCCUUUGCUUGAGAAAAGCCCAAAUGACAGCAGUAAUCACUAGCUCCACAUUCACUAGGGAAUGGCCAUGAGUAAAUGCAUGGAGGGUGGACACAACAGGCCAAAUAAUGACAUUUCUAAUUGUUAUUCUAUAAAAACUGUAUGGGUUCCAAUCAGGCAUGGCCAGCAGGGUGAGGUAGUCGCCUGACAGUGAUGUCACUGUUUCUCCCUAUGAUGGGGCCAGGACAGCAACAAUGCAGCCAAGACCUAGCAUUUCUGCUGGUGCACUUGCCCCAAUCUUGCCACCACCCUGCCCCUUCACUGUACUCUCAAGAUAAGCAGCAGUACCGCUGCAGAGAGAACAAGCCACUCUUGAUGCCGGUAUAUAAAUAUAUAUUUGAUACACAAAUUCUACUGUCUGUUACAGAGUGCAUGGUAUAGAAUUUCCAGUGAACUGGGUACAGGGUAGGGAAUGAUUGCCAGAGUUACCAGAAAGAGGGCUGGGAUUUGUCAUGACAUUAUGCUUCUGCACUAACACAUUACAAAAAGUAAGGGAGCAAAGAUAAACCAAGGGAGGCAGAACUGAACAACAAGGAAAAAAUAAACUGAUUGGAAUUUUGAAUCAUCCCCUGUCCAGAACCACCAGGUGCAGUGAGAGAUCUUAAAGUGAUCAGUUCUGACUACUGCAGCAUCUCUUUGUCAUGGACGAAGCCAGAAGCAGAGGAAGAAAGUCAUGCCAAAGGCUACAUUAUAGAGAUGCGGCACACUGACACUCUGAAGUGGACCCAGUGUAAUUCCCUCCCAAUCCCAAUGACUACAUACACAGUUAGAGGGCUAAAAGCCAGGGAGAUGUACUUCCUACGAGUGAGAGCAGUCAAUGAUGGUGGUUUUGGCGAGCCCGUCGAACUGGACACUUGUGUCCAAGCUGUACCUCCCACAGGUGAGUCAUAAUGUGCAGCUUUUGCUUUGGUAAUUGAUGGUAUACAGAGACUAAAAUCUGUGGGACUUCCCCAAGGAGUAGAAGACUAGGAACAGGGAAAAGCAGUAGAGAAUGAACCAUAGGGAAUAGAUGGCAGAUCGAGGAAGAGUUGCAUGGUGAAAUAUUAGGGGGAUGGCCAGGGAAGCGAUGAAAGGUGAUGAAUGGAAUUCAGAAACAAACAAAAAUGAAAGGGUGAGGGGAAGGGGAGAGAAAUACAUAAUUGAAUUGUGCUAUUCACUAUUGUGAUUGCUGGUUGAUUUGUGUUUGUAAUCUCUCAGGGAGUGUGAAUUUGAAGAAAUGACCCUAGCAGCAACUUGAGAGGGUAUACAGUGGUACCUCAGUUUUCGAAUGUCUCGGAAGUCGAACAUUUCGGCUUUUGAAUGCCAAAAACCUAGAAGUAACUGCUUUGGUUUUUGAACCAUUAUCAGAAGCCAAACGUGCCACAUGGCUUCCAUAUUGAGUUUUCUGGAUGUAAAUGCUUCUGGAAAUGCAUGCUUCAGUUUUUGAACAUUUCGGAAGCCGAAUGGUCUUCCAGAAUGGAUUAUGUUCAAAAACCGAGGUACCACUGUACUUUAAACAGAAACCAAAAGCUGUAAUAGGGGUGGGGACAUGCUGAGGAACUGCUGAGAUUAUAAGAAUGAACACGAAGCCCAAAGAAAAAGAAAGCCGACUACCAGAAGAUGUUAUUGCAUCCAACCUGGUGUGGUGAGGACUGGGGAGUGACAGUUCAUAGGGACAUAGGAAGCUACUUUAUACUGUCUCAGACCAUGGAUCUAUCUAGCUCAGUAUUGUCUCCAUUGAUUGGCAGUUUGGGACGGGUUUCUCUCCCUGCACUAUCUGGAGAUGCUGGGGACUGAACCUGGGACCUUCUAUAUGCAAAGCAGAAGCUCUGCUCCUGAACUGCAGCUCUUCCUGCAUUUCAUGAAAAGAGAAACUGAAGGAGACUCCCUGAGAAAGCUUGGAUCGAGCUUCGUGCCUAAGGAGGCCAUUGCAGAUGGCUGAAUCAAAUUGUGGCGAAAAGACACAACCCUCCAAUAAUUGGCAGGCGCAAAAGUGCCAUCUAUUUAGUUGCAGUUCUUCCACAAUAAAUCAUACCUUUAAAGUAACUCAAGAAUCAGUUAUUAAAUCACUUGUAGAAGCUGAUCCUGCUGUCACAGAAACAAAAUUCUCAGGUUGAGUAGGGCUUCUCGAAAGUACUUGCAGUGGAUGGUGUUACUAGGCAUUCAAUAUUUUUGCAAAGUGCCAAACAUAUUUCAUAAUCCAAGGUGAAGUCUUUAACUUAUGUAUUUUUCCCCCAUUUUAGUUCCUCCCAAACUCUUGGUGAAGGACACCACCAAAAGCUUCAUGAUUGUAAAAGCAGGGGAUGCCAUUCGUGUGCGCAUUCCCUUUGAAGUAAGUAUAGCCUUUCUGAGAAGUGCAGCGUUCACAAAAUCCAUUCCCAUGCUUUUUUUUUUUGGUCAAAAACCUAAGAGCACAAGAUGCAUUCUAGAUUUUGCUAAACAAACGUGGACCGUUGUGUGUGUUUGUGUGUCACUUUACAUUCAUCUUUUCAUAAAUAUAUAGCUUACAGAUUCAUUCAAGGGGGUAGUGUUCAAGUUGUAAGAAACAAGAGAUACAGUUUAAUACUGCAUCUUUAUUUUUUAUUUUUUUGUGCCAGAAAUAUGUAAUAUAGCACUGUAUAAUAUAUUCUAUGUCUAUGUGUUGUCCACUGCUUUGAGAUUCUUACUACUGGAUGGACAGUAGCUUCAUUAUGAAAUGAUGAGUUUGUGUAGCCCUCAGAUCUUUGUAUGGCAAAUAAAGUAGUCUCUGGAAAUACAGAAGUUGUCCAUCACUGUCCUAUGUAUACAGUAUUUUGUUACUCAGUGCUUCUUUUUUCAGCUGGAGCACAGUUCCGGCACUUUUCAUUUCCCCCACCCAAGCGCUUCUUUCCUUUACGUACUUCUGAGAAGCCCAAAAUGAAUAUUUCAAGUCAAAACAAAAGCUGAAAAAUAGGGAUAGUGGCUCAGGCUGUUUCUCAUCUAUGUCAUGUUUGCAUGUGUUUGUUCAUAAAUCUGUUUCCUCCCAUUCUCCCAUUGAUUUGUUGUUUUUUUAAUCUACAUGAAAAUUCACACCUUAAAUACAUAUUUAAAUUUGUCUAUUCAAAUGCAUUUUCUAACACAAUACACAUUUCUAGAUGUAUUUUAUCUCAAAAUAUCCAUUUCAAAUGGAUCUUGAUACAUUUUUGAGUCAAAAAGUGCAUUGCAAAAUUCAGUUUAGCACAAAAUCUGAAAAAGAACUAUGUUCUGACCUGCACAUUAGUCCAGAAGGUUUGUGUCUGGCCAGUUUGUACCAGAAUUUACAGAAACUGAAUUCUUCCACAGCCCAGUUAUAAAAGGUUUACUAUCUCUUUUCUAUUCACCAGGCCUCCCCACCUCUUGAAGUGGUUUGGCUAAAGGAUGGUCUUACUCUGCCUGCAAAAGCCACAACAGCUACAAGAGAUGGCCUGAGCCAACUCAUCAUCCCAGGAGCUGACUUUUCUGACAGUGGCCAUUAUAGCAUCACCCUCCAAAAUGAGCGUGGAAAUAAAGAGACUUUCAGCUUCCUAGUCCAAGUUCUAGGUAAAGACCAUGCAAGGCAUUUCCAGCUGCGCAAUCUGCAUUCGAAUUCCCUUUUUUGGAAAAUUUGUUCAAUACCAUACUCUCUAUAAUCCUUCAGCUAGACAGGUGUCUAUUGUCCAUGAGGGGAAAUACAGCCCAUGGGGGCACUGAAUGGUCACAAGUCAGCAUAUUUAGCAAUGCCAAAAAAGGACCAUGGAUCACAUGUCAUAUGAGUCCUUUAUGGGCAACUGUCAGCAAUGGAAUAAGACACCGGCUGCAAGCAUCACAGUCUGUCAGCCCCUCCAUUUACAGUUGACAAAAAUGGCUGUACCAACUGUCAACGGGCAUUUCUGUCUGGGAGACAAAGCGGGUGAAAGCUGGCUUCCUUCCACAAGCAAGCUCCAGGCUAGUGUUGCCUGGCUUUUAUUCCUUUUAAAUGAAAUGCUGAGCCCUCCUUACCUCUGCAGCUCAAGGUGGGCAGUAUAUUAAGACUAACAAUAGCAUUGUGAAAACUUUGAGGUAAUUAUAUGCCUCACUUUUAACAAGGCUGACCAUUAACUAACUAACUAACAACAACAACAAGAUGAUGACAGUAGCUGGUUGUAGCCAAUAGUUUAGGUCAUCUGAAAGUAGUUUGUCAGCUAGACUACAUAGGCUAACUGGCCUGGAAAAAACUAGGGUAGAUUUGGACAGACUUCAGGAUUGCGGAAUCUCCUUUCGGUUUUUUUACUAGAAUCCAAACUAGAGCCUGGUGUAAAAGACAUGCAGUACUUCAAGGAAAGAAUUUUAAGCUCAGGAAUUUGUUUUGAGCACCAGAACUGAAUGGACUUUAUAGUCCAUCUAUACAAAAAUGAGCUCUUGGUUACCCACCUCAGUCCACUUUAUCCAUUUCAGCAGUAUAAUUGCAGCAGAUAUCAAGCCUUAACAUGAGGUUUGCAAUACACAUUUUUCUUCACUUAACUGUAUCAGGGACAGCCAUCAGCAUGAGUGACUAAAUUCUAUGGACAUAAUUUCCUAUUUUCAAUACUCUCGUACCUUAUUAUAUCGCACCAUCUUAAAAUUCUGGCUCUGCCUUCUGAUUUUAUUUAUUUUCACUUUGCAGAUGUCCCAGAAUCUCCUGGUCCUAUACAGCUAAUUGAGAAGGUCCCUGACACGGUGACUCUGAUUUGGGAGCCCUCACCAACAGAGAAGAGAGAGGGCACCCUGAAUUAUAUGGUCAUGAGACGUGACUCCUACAAAGGAUCUUGGCAAUUGGUGUCUGACCUGAUUUACACCAACAAGUGCACUGUCUCAAAUUUUGUUCCAGGCCGGGAAUACUACUUCAGAGUUCAGGCAAAGAAUUGCAUGGGAAUCAGUGAGCCCUCUGAAACAGUGCAGCCCUGGAUCAUUCACAGGGAAAAGGGUAAACAGGCUUUGAAAGUAAAUCAGUACUUGUUGGUUCACUCUCUGUGUAUUCACUGUAUCAUAUAAAUAAAUAAAAUGAUGCUUUGAAGCAUUUGAAGCUUUUUCUAGAAAAAGAGGUGCCAGAACUCACCUUGUUCUCUUAUAAUGGCAAUGGCACUCACCUGAGAGGUGCCAGGAAUUGGUUCCAGUGAGUUUCCGAUGAAAAAAAAAGCCCUGCUUUGAAGGCAGAUGCUCUCAGCUUCAAUCUCUGACAUAUUAGGGCUGGUAAAGACUCUUGCCUGAAACUCUAGAACCCAUUAGCCAGCAUUUUUCACUCCAGAUGUUUCAGACUCUCAGUCCCAUCAGCCCCAUCCAGCAUGUCCAUUGGCCAGGAAUAAUGGCAGUUGUAGACCACAAUAUCUGGAGGGCACCAAGUUGGCUAUUCCUGUCCUAGAGAGCUACUGAAAGGCAAUGGAGACAAUAUGGAACUAGAUGGAACAAUGACCUGUCUCAGUAUUAGGCAGCUUUCUAAGUUGCUAUACACUAAGGCCAAAUGGAAACGUGCAGACCUGAACUGUAGGCAUGGUCAAAUAAUGGCAUCUCCAAGUGUCUGAGGUCAUUUGGGGGAGUUCCUGGUCAUUGUGUUCUGCGUACCAUGCAGAAAGUGUCAACAAACCUAUUGACUUUUUAUUGGUAGAACCUCAGAACUUUGCCAAAGAAACUACUGCAUCCUCACCGUUUUUAGCCAAUAUUGCCAGUUGCAUAUGAGACAUGAAUGUUAAGUAUACUGUGUGAUGGUCAUUCCCUUAACUCUACAUUUUGUGCAUCUUACAGGUAAAUUUGCAGUCAGAAGCCCAAAAUACAAGGGGAUCAACCAAAGUCAGCCUCCAAGAUUCCUUGUCCCAUUGAAACCUCAUGUGGUAACUCUAGGAUUUGACUGUCACAUGAGUUGUGCUGUGACUGGAUAUCCAGUCCCUCAAGUAAUGUGGUAUAAAGAUGGCAAGAAUAUCUCUCAGGAUCCUACCUUCUUCAGCAAAAAUGACUUUGGGGUCUGCUCUCUUGUGAUCCUAGGAGUCACAGCGUCAGAUGGAGGCCAGUAUAAGGUGGUGGCCAUCAAUGAACUAGGCCAAGCAGUCAGCAAAGCUGAAGUCACCAUAAAAGGUAAAGACUAAAGAGUGGGUGGGGUGUGGCAUGGUUAGCCCAUAUCCCAGUCACUCGGUAUACCUCCAUGAAGCAAAUAAGCAUUUAAUGUCUGGCCUUAGGGCAUUUUGCCACCCUAUAUAUUGGUACUGUAUAUGAUUGGUCCAAACUAAAGCCCUUCCCUGAUUUCAGCUAUUAAUUCUAUGGUGGCAAUACUUUUUAAGGUGUGGACAGGGUGUUUAAAAGCACCCUGGUAAAUCCUGACCCAACAACAGGAAACUAUCCAGCUUCAGCAAUUAGUUUUGUUCAAUUGCUGUUCUGUCUCUGCUUGGUUGAUUGCCUCACAGUGAAACUUCCCAUGAGACAAAAGGUCCUUUGAUGACAGCCUGUGACCUUCCCUCAUCAUGAGUCUUUCUGAGAAUUGUGUCACAGUCCUGCAGAAAUUAGAUUUCACCCAAUAAUAGCAGAAGACGGGGAGUGGAUGACAGCUGAGACUAGAACAUAAGUAGGAAAUUGGAAGAUUUUUCAAACCAAGACAUGAAGGUCACAAUGGGCACCAUUCCAAUGAAGCCAUUGUGUGAGCAGAACAACCUCCACUUAGGCAACAGCACUUCCCCUCCCUCUCCUCCCCCAUAUGCCCCCAUUACCCCCUAAAUUUGCUCAAGGGCUACCCCAACUCUCCAAAGCAUUUAAGGUGAGGUUGCAUUCAGGAAGGGGAAGUGACUUCAUUGGAUUCAAUGCAGUGUUUUCUUUCUUAAUUCUGUGCCUUCGUAGUUCCUUUUGACUUCCCCCAAUAAUGCAGACUGUUCUUUUGGUUGCUUACAGCUGCAAAAUACAAGUUAAAUUUCCUGCACCUGCUAGUCCAUAAUGCAUGGAAUAGUCUUUGUAUACUUGUGCCCCUCCCCUACCCCAUACAUACCAAACAUAUUUGCUUGUGUAUGUGUCCUAAUUCCUAGGAUGAUCAGUGUACAUGUCUUAUGUUAAGGCAAUUUAUAGGCUACAUCCUAUUUUUUAAAAAACAAAUCAGUGGACUUUAACUAAUCUAUGCAAUUCUUUUCUGUGCACUUUCCACUUUUAAUCAUAUAAAAUCUAGAAAUGUCAAGUGAUAUGUCUCUUUCUCUCUCCUCUUUUUUCCUGUGGAAGAACCUGCUUUUUAG